AUGUUCGGCUGCGACACAAUCAUCAACAGCGCCUCGAUGGCCAUGCCAGCUUUCAUGAUGUACUUCGGUGAUACCAACGCAUCGGGCCUAUAUCUACCAUCCUCGUGGACUGCAUUAUGGACAUCAAUGUCGGCACUCGCACAAGCCCUGUCCGCAGCCGGGACAGGCGUGUUAGCCGAUCGCAUUGGACGGAAAUGGGCCAGCAUUGUCGCCGGCUUGAUUGCUAUUGCUGGUGCCUCGGUCCAGUAUACUGCUGAGACCAGAGGUGCAUUGCUAGGAGGAAAGAUCGUCGGAGGGUUGGGUAUCGGUAUGGCGAUGGCGUCUGGCAUGACCUAUGCGUCCGAGAUCGUUCCUCCAAGCCUGGUUCCUGCGGUGCAGCAGGCGAUGGUUGUGUUUAUUUUGAUUAUGCAGGCUGUGGCAAUGGGUGUGAUUCGUAUAUUCGUCCCUGAUAUGACGGAGAAGGCCUUUCGUACGGUUUUCGCGAUCCAGUGGGCUGUCGGGGGUCUUGUCACUAUUGCAUAUGCGAUAGCACCAGAAUCCCCUGUUCACUGCAUAAUUAAAAAGCGGGAGGAAAGUGCCAAGAAUCUGUUCAGCUGGCUCUAUCGCGAUGAAGCCGAUCGCGAGGAACGGUACAAUCAUCUCGUCAAGACCAUCGAAGAAGAGAAUUCCCAACGUGAGGCGAACCAGGCCAAUUAUAUCGAAUGCUUCCAGGGUGUCAACCUGAAGAGAACUCUCACAAUGAUGUUCUUGUUUGGUCUUGUCAACCUGGGCGGUGCGCCUUUCCUUUCACAAUCGAUUUACUUCCUCAUAUCAGUGGGCUUGCCGAGCGUUCAUGUAUUCGACAUCUCAAUUGGAGGAUUUGGACUUGCGAUAGUCCUCAUUAUUGCAAGUGGAUUUGCACUCAAGAAGGUUCGCCGACGAACCACACUCUUCUGGGGCUGUGUGGUCAAUCUCACUUUCAACCUGAUCGUGGGAGCCUUGUACUACGCACACGGCACAGGGCCAAAAUGGGGCAUUGCUAUCUUGAUGAACGUUCUCAUAUCUUUGCAAGCAAGUUUGAUGCAAGCACCCGGCUGGUCAAUUGCAGCAGAGAUCUCAAGCUACCGAUUACGAGCAAAGUCCAUGUCCCUCGGUAUGAUGGCGCAGACGUUCACAACAUGGCUGGUCACUUUCAUUGUGCCGUACAUGUACAACGUCGACUCGGGCAACUUGGGUGCUCGGACUGGGCUGGUGUUUGCGGGUGUCUCGGUGCUGCUUAUCUGGGGUGCUUGGUCUAUUGUUCCUGAUACCACCGGGCUGUCCACCGAAGACAUCGACGAACUGUAUGAAGCAAGAGUACCGGCGAGACAAUUUGCCAAGCAUAAGCGGGCACUUCACUUUGAGGGUGGGGAAAUUCCUCGGGCCGUCUGA